GCCUUCUCAUACAAUGUCACGUUCCGCUUCUUUGCCACCUCGCGCCCGGGCACCACCCUUCGCCUGCUCCUCCGCAUGCUCCGCUUCGGGCUCCGCCUCGACACCUACAUGCUCCCCUUCUUGCUCCUCGCUGCGGCGCGCAUCCCAUCCCGAGCGCUCGCUCGCUCGCUCCGCCCACGCGCUUAUUGAGAAGCUUGGGCUCAGGGACCAUGACCACACCGUCCACUCCCUGAUCACCAUGUACUCCUACCUCGGUGAUCAUCUUGCUGCGCGCAGGGUGUUCGACGGAAUUCCCCACCACUACGUCGUCUCGUGAAACUCUAUGAUCAAGGCAUACGAGCGGGUAGUGAUGGUGGCUGAGGUGGAAGCGAUGUUCCGGUCGAUGGUUGCAGAGGGUACGGUGGCGCCCAACGGGGUGACAGUGGCAGUUGUGCUCACGGCGUGCAGGGAUGCCGGCAACAUGGUUCUAGGGAGGUGGGUGGAGGAGUGGGUGAGGUCUGCAGGGAUGGAGGUGGACUCGCUCAUUGGCUCGGCGCUUGUGGGGAUGUAUGAGAAGUGUGGAGAGAUGGCAGAGGCUAGGCGCGUGUUUGAUGGCACCAUUGACAAGGAUGUUGUGACGUGGAAUGCCUUGAUCACCGGGUAUGCGGCAAAAUGGCAUGUCAAAUGAAGCUGUUGCAUUGUUUCAUAGCACGAGGGAAGUGGGGAUGAUAAAGGAGAUAGGGCUCCAGCCGGAUAGGGAUGGGGGAAACGAGGGGCUCUUUUCCCGGCCGUUUUGUCCCAUGGGGAGGGGUGGGUUACGGCCUGGAAAUGAGGUGUGCAUCCGACGACAUGCUUGAAGGCGUCCUCUGCUGCUCGUCGCUGCUGUUGGAGCUGUUCCUUUGCCGUCGGGGUCGGAGCUCACCGAGGCUAUAACGCCGCUGCCUGCCGUCGGAGCAAGAGCUCGCGUGUGCAUGGGGGCUGGCUCCGCUGCUUGAGGGCUUGGAGCUAGUGAUAUCCAUUCCAACCCAAAAUCGGUCGUGGGCGCUAGUGAUUGCUGGACGACAAGAUCGUAUUGGGUUAACCAUUAGAAUUUAAAUGUUGACGAGCGUAGGUGGUACUGGAGUUAGAGAAGGAGAUAACCUCAGAAAUGGCCGCAAGCUACGAACAUAGGUGGUGGAUUGAGGAUAACGAUGCGAGACGGUGCUUGUCAAAUGGUACUGAACAAACGUAAAAGGAAAGGGAAAAAAACACAUCACUUGUUGUCACUAUAUAUUAGCGAUGCGUGAUCAUUGUGCAAUAGCCCUAAACCCUACCCCCACUCUUCUUUAUAAUAGAUAUAUUA